CCAGCAACAACAACAACAACAGCAGAAACGGGAAGCAGAAGAUAGGUUUGCUGGUCGCGACAGUAUAUUUGAUAUUGGGGUAUCAUUUCUCGCUGAUGCGCUCGCGCCGCGCCUCGAGCUAUGUGAUCGCAAGUUCCAGCUCAGUAUUGACGAUCUUACAUUUGUCGGCCAUCCAGUCAGCUUAGCAUCUAGUCAAGAAGACGAUGACGAAGGAGAAGAAGACGAAGAUAGUGGCGUUGACAAUGAGGAAGCAACAACUCCUACGGAUAAUAAUGCCAGUAGCGGCGAUGGUAUUGGUAGUACUGGCAGUGGUAAUGAAAAAAACCACACAACUGGUGGCAAUAAUGAUACCAGCAGCAGUCGUAGCGACAGCAGCGACGAUACAGUCAGUAACGACACUACAACAAACAUCAAGUCAAAAGAAAAGCAACAAGAUGAUGACAAGAACGGCAAAAAGGAUAGCAACAGCAGCAGUAGCAGAAGUGGAGGUACAACCCACAUGACGCUCUUCCAUGUCGUGUUUGUCAUGUCUCCCCCUGAUCUGGAAUUGAACGCACGCACGGAUAUGAUCUAUACGCAUGUCGUGCGACGCUAUGCCGCAGCGUUGCAAUACGAGCAGCUUCGGUGCGGGUAUAUUCAGGACGAGUUUGAAAAGAUCUUGGCGAUAAGAGAUGAUGCGAUCAACAAGAGCACUCCAUACGACGAAGUCAUGAAGAAUAUUUUGCAAGAGUCGUCGUUGGCCCGAGAUAUCAAACAAAUCUAUGCAGCUAUAUCAACGGAUAAUAUCGCUCACAUCAUCAUUAAUGACUUUAUUGACCUGUCACUCCAGAUACCUGUGUUUGGUGAGAUGGUUCCUCCGUCAGACGGUGGCAUGGCAUUGCCUUUGGCACGUACACAGGAUUACUAUUACGCUUCACUGAUGGAUAUCUAUGGCAUGUCUGGCUACGAAUACGACAAUUAUCCGAUUAUUUGUCCGUACCAUACCCUGUUACUGCUAGAAGACCCAGAGGAAGUGUUGAAAAACAUGCCAUUAGAUGCAAGUCCUACUUUAGUUCAGCUCGUUCAGAUACUGACGCCCACGCAAAGUCUACAGGAAUUACAUCUUUUGCUCGAUUGCUCUCUCGCUCAGAUAUACCGUUUGGCUGCUCAUUUAAUCUACUGGAGAAAAGCCAAAUUGAUCCAUACCAUCCAUGCUCGCAAUAUAUAUGUCAUUUCCCCACAAGCUAAACUUGAAGACCUUGAAAGUUUGAAUACCGAUUUUAAAAUGCACAUAGCAAUCCCGAACCUCGACUUACCACGGUUGCUAUCCCAACUAUCUAUUGCGAAACCGCUUCAUAUGAUUGCACCCAAAGAAUUUCGAAACCAGUAUCUUGAAGCAAUAACCUACUUGGUUCGCAAAGAUCUCGUUAUCCAACUGCAUAUGUUUCUGGUUCUUAUGGAACUGAGUACUGCAAUUGAUGACGAUCAGGAUGAUAAUUCUUUGAGUAGACGAAGCUCCAACAGUAAUACAAAUAUGCCGCCCACUAAUGCAUCACCGCCAACGGAUGCUGUCAUAUCAUCCAGUCCGGGCCAAACGAGUAUGCUUGAUUCACGCAAUCGCUUUAAGCGUUUGAUCCAUGAUAAAGUGCCUAAAGAAGUCGCUGAAUUGUUUGAACGGUUAACUCCAUUCAUGGAUGGCAAACAUCAUAUUGAAGAAAUUAUGUAUAGGGAAGGUGUUUCAAGAAGACAACUCAGUCUUGUCUUGAAGUAUUAUAGAGAUAGCAUUGUAGUCGUUUAUCAUUAUUGAUUUAAAUGAAAUGAAAUGCAAGUUAGUA